AAGAAAUUUCAGAGGUCAAGGCGAAGAAGACGCUACCUGUAAUCGUUCUCUUUCUCUACACAAGACCCCACCUUCCUAUAUAAAGGGGUCUUAUUGCUUUUCGGAUUCAUUUUAACUUUAGUGUCACUUCGGUUGGAAAUAAUGAAAAGUGUCGUUUUGGUUGUGGGGCUUUUCGGGCUGGCUUUGGCCCAGUUCCAAAAUGGGAGGAUCCUGGAGCCCCCAGUGCCAGCGCUCUGCGCGCAGAGGACCAUCCAUGAGAGGACCCCCGACGGCAAGGGCUACUUCUUCAGCUGGCGCGACCCCGCGUUGAAGGACGUGCAGGAGGACUGGCUAGGUGGUAGAAACUACUGCAGACAGCGCUGCAUGGACCUCAUCUCUUUAGAAACCAGCGCUGAGAACGAAUGGAUCAAAAAACGCAUCGUUGACGAGAAGGUGAAAUACAUUUGGACUUCCGGCCGCCUGUGCGACUUCAAAGGCUGCGACCGCGCUGACCUCCAACCCUUGCCCAUCAACGGAUGGUUCUGGACUGCCGUGCUCCAGAAAUUGGCACCCACCACCCAGCGGGACCAGAACGACUGGUCCGAAAGUGGGGGAAUUGGCAAGCCGCAGCCCGACAACAGGGAAGCCCAACAGGGAGGAGCCAGCGAGAAUUGCCUUGCCAUUCUCAACCAGUUUUACAACGAUGGGGUGAAUUGGCACGAUGUGGCAUGCCACCAUCGCAAACCCUUCGUCUGUGAGGAAAAUGAGGACUUGUUGAAGUAUGUUCGCUAUACCAACCCGAAUUUGGCGGUUUAAUUUAGGGAUUUUAAUGCUGUGGACUGACAAAUUAGGCAGCAUGUAAUUUAUUUUGUAAUUUAAAGCAAAGAAACAAUAAAAUAUUUCAUUUA